GUAGUCCUAAUUUUUCCUAGACCCUGGUCUCAUGGCUAAUGGGUAACGGGAAGGUGCGAGCUAAGUGUCCUAGGCGGUGGAUGUACGUGUGAGCGUCGUCCAUCAGCACGCUCCGGUAUGAGUCAGUCUCUCUCUGAGUUUCGUCGGGAGCGCAUGUGGGACACUUAGUUAGCCGUGUCCCGCUGCUCGUGAUAAUUUUUGGUAGCCAAUCUUCAAUUGGACUACAUCUCAGAAGUGGGAUUGAGAUCCCUAAAGUACCACAAAAGUGGUACCGCGAGUGAAAAGUGAGAAAUGUGGUGAAAAGUGUGGAAAAGCUGCGCGAUCGGCGGUGCGACGCAAGAUGGCGGACAGCAAAAUUCUCUAGAAGAAGAGAAUUUCAUCAUCGUUCAGCGAGGUUUCCGGCACCAGGCAGCCGUCAAGGGCCCCAAAAAGGGAAACCGUGAGUAAAAAAAAAAAAUGUGGGGUGUUCCGCCCCUGGGGCACGCGGAAAAGACCAUCGCCGAAGGAAAAGCGGCGGAUGGGGUGGCAUGGGUAAGAGAGAGAGAAAAUAAAUUGGGAAAAAAUAAAAAGAAAAAAAGAGAUGAAAAAUAUAAAUACAUGCGCAUUUUUCUUUGUGUUAAAUUUUUGUCGUACAUGUUGCAACAUGAUUUUCAUAAUUCUGUGUGAAUGUGUGUGUGUGAGAGCUCUCAAACGUCUCAAAUUGUCCCAAAUUCAGUCCUGUCCCGAAAUUCUCCGAAGUUUCUCUGUCGUCGUGAAGAGAAUUUUCGAGAAUAUUUUCAAAGGAAUUUGACAAGCAUCGUGUUGUUUGGCGGAAAAUUCGUGUACGGGGAAAUUGUCAAGAAAAAGGCUUUGGUCAGCUGCUGAAAAGCAAACAAAUUGUGUUAAGUGAAUGGGAAAAGUGUUCAUUAACCCAAGAAAAGCACAAAUCUGGUGAGAAUUUAGGUUUUUCUCAGUGUUGGGGGUAAAUGGCAACAGGAGAGGAGACGUUCCGUGAAGAAGAAGAUAGUGGAUACAAUCCAGGAAACGAAAGUACCGUAACAAUGACAACUCCUACCGCGUACCGUCCGCGGCUCACAGCGGUCGAAAUGGAGGCACUCAUUCCGGCCUUUGAUCCUGGGCAGAAGAACGGGUUGCUCGCGGUAGAGUGGCUACGAAAGGUGGAUGAUGCAAGAAUGCUCUUCGAUAUGGAUGCACAACAGUCGUUGGUAGCUGCCGUAUUUCGGCUUAAAGGUGCUGCGAAGGACUGGUACGAGGGAAAUCAAGGAGCUAUCAGAUCAUACGCGGAAUUUAAGAAGGAACUUCUUUUGAAUUUUCCGGAGAAACUCUCGAGCGCCCAAAUUCACCAUGAACUGAGGAUGAGAAAGCGAAAGAAAGAGGAAUCAGUGGAGGAGUAUUUUCACUCGGUGGUGAAACAGGCCCGGAGGAUUAACCUGCGGGAUGACGAUAUCCGGGAAUACAUCAUCGAAGGAAUUCCAAAUGUGAUGGUUAAAGGACUGUUGUUGUCUGCUCCGGCUGGAAAUCUUCCAGACUUUCUUAGCUACAUGAAAAAGGUGGAUAAAAUUGUGACAAAUAAUCGUGAGGAAUCGAGUCCCUCAAGCAGCAAGAGCUCAUCGGAGGAUGGAAAGUGUCAUCCGGUCAAGAUGGUGAACAAAAAGAAAGAGACAGAAGAUAGCUCUAGUGAGGCAUCCCAAGGGGAAGAGACACACGAAGUGAACGUGGCGAAGGACAAGAAAGAGGGGGAGACAAAAACUGGAGCACAGAAGAGUGGAAAACGCCGAUGUUUUGCGUGCGGUUCGGAGGAUCAUCUAGUCAAGCAGUGUCCCCGUAAGGAGUAAUGUGAUUAUGAAGUUAACCAUUGACCAUAGUGAGGUCUCGUGAAGGUUGUAUGUCCAAGUAGGGGGAGAUAUUUUGAUGUAGAUGAUUUUGAGAACGCACUGAUGAUGGAAAUUAAUGAAAUCUUUUGGAAAAAUUUCAUGUGAAUCAGGGGGAGCUGACUGUGGUCGCAGCCCGAAGGAAGAAGAAGGAAGAUGUUGGGGAAACUUUUUUUUUUGAAAUAAAGUAUUUGAAGUAUUGACAUCUUCUGAGCUCGAUGGGUCGUGUCAUUAGACUUUAGGUCUGUGGUUGUGUGUCCCCUUGUGUUAUCUCAUGAAGGCCCUGAAUUAAAGAAUCGAAAUGAAUUAAAAUUCUCGUGGGGUUGGCUCUUGUGAGGGGGGUGUCGCUAUCUUGGCACAAGCAUUUUCCUUGGGAAGGUACUUGGAGUCACAGUUGCGGGGAAUUAUUCUUCUAAUCGAGCUUGCUGCGUUGGUGGUGGGUUGGAUAAAAGAAGAUAAUUCCGUGUUCAAUGGCAUUUACGGUGAAUGUCGUUGGUGCUGGCAAUUAUGCCGUGUUAUCCACAUAAUUGUGGGAAAGGUCUUGUGUCAUACCAUCCGUGGGUGGAGAUUCACUGACCGUGGAUCAGUAAAUCUGAUCAUUUGGCAAUCUUGCCGUGUCGACCGCGCUGUGGUACGGUCGGGUCGAUUUAUUCGACCGUGGAUCAGUCAAUCUGGUCGUGUAAGGACAGCCAAGCUGAUGUGGGGAAAGAACGGAUUACGGGUGAGGUGGCGUGUUCCAAAACUGUGGACUCACUACGCUCAUCGGUGACAAGGGACGUCACCACAUCAGUAUGGCCGAAUGUAGUCCUAAUUUUUCCUAGACCCUGGUCUCAUGGCUAAUGGGUAACGGGAAGGUGCGAGCUAAGUGUCCUAGGCGGUGGAUGUACGUGUGAGCGUCGUCCAUCAGCACGCUCCGGUAUGAGUCAGUCUCUCUCUGAGUUUCGUCGGGAGCGCAUGUGGGACACUUAGUUAGCCGUGUCCCGCUGCUCGUGAUAAUUUUUGGUAGCCAAUCUUCAAUUGGACUACAAAUUCUUUUAAUUAAUUUUUCAUUUCUUCAAGAAAAUUAAAAGAGAAGAAUUUUUUACGUGUCAACAGUUUUUGGCACAAUGAUUUGUCUUUGGUUUUAGUGACAAAUCCGUAGAAAAAAUUAUUUAUUUAUCCAAUUAUGAUAAAACUGCAAUAGCUUCCUGGUUGAUAGACUACCACAGGGGCGUAUCCAGAAAUCUAUUUGAAGUGAUGUUUCUAGAUAAAUUAGGAUUUUUUCAAUUUAUAAGACGAGGAUUGAGAAAAAAUGUUUAACGUUUUUUUCUAACGUCUUGUAUUUUCUUAACGAUUGACUUUCCUUUUGCAAAUUUAAACGUUACUUUUUAUACAUUUUAUGUUAUUUUCGAACGUUGAAAAAUCCUCUUUUUUUUAAAUGUAAUUUUAAACUUUAAAAUUUUUUUUUGAUAAUCUGACGAUAAUUUAUUUUGACAAUUAAACAAAACGCCUUCCUUAGCUACACCACUGAACUACUGCUAACCAAAAAUAUAUUUUAAUAAAAAUAUACUGUGGCUUCCUUGUGCACAGAGUCACAAAUCAUGCCAUCCUUUGGCGGCAGUUAAUGUCCCCUUGGGGAAAAAUUAAUACAACCGUAAGUAUGUUGUCGCACAAUCCCACGGUGUAUAUAUUGUGAAAAUCUCGUAAGAUGAUCUUCCGAUUCGCCUAUUGAUCUUACGAAGUGCUGUGAAGAUUGAAUAAAAAACACACGUGCUUCAGGUGAAUUGCGCCAAGACACAGAGCGCAAAGAGAUAAUUGUAAAAAAAAAAUAGCAUUGACGUCGUUUUCUCAAGUGAUCCUCUAAGACUCUUUUCAUUCUCUCACCCAUCGUCAACGAAAACUUUUUUUUCGCUCUCAGAUAGAUUUAUCAACUCGUCAGAAAGUCAAAUAAUUACAUGGCCAAAUUUUGUCUCUUUUGGGUUUCACUCAUUAACCAUUUGUGUGUCUUGUUUUUCUUCUUGAUCACAGGAAAGCCAUUGUUGCCAUAUGAAGGCACGCACUGUACAAAAAUUUUCGGCACGGAUUUAAUAUUGUUUGUGCGAUGUAGUUUUGUUUAAUUGUAAUCAAUGUGCAAAUCAUUUCUUCACUCUCACACCUCGAAGGUCAAUUGAAAAAUUACUAUGUCACUUGCGUCUUCGCGGGUGCCUAAUUCACCAUGAUGUCACUCAAUUUGGGUCACCAAGAAAUUCCCUCCAAUUUCACAUCGUGACUCGUUGGUUCACUCAUUCAGCAAAAAUCUUUUUUUUUUUCAUUGUCACACAGAAACAACAUUUUUGUGGUACAUACUUUCCUCCUUCUUCAGCCUCUCUCAUCGAUCUUAUGCAACACAACUUUUGCUCUCUAUUUGCACUACAAACCUCACAACAGCGCACAACAAUGUUAUUAAACAAGUGAGAGAGAUGAAGAGAAAAAAAAGGCAUUUUGUAAUUUACAUAAUUUUUCUCCAUGACUUGUUUCUGUCUAUAAAUAUUAUUUUGGUGUAUGUUUUCCUCAUCAAUUAUCAUAAAGAGUGACAUGAUAAAUACACAAUGCUUAUUCUGAAACUCCCUCCUUCUCACAAUUUUUCAAUAAUUGAUUUGUGUUUUCUAUAUGACUUUGUUCUUAUCAUAUUAUCCAAAUUAUCAUACAAUCCAAUUCAUCUUCCCAACAUCACAGAUCUAUGAGAUUCAUCACCAUGGCAAUCUCUCAUAAUAAUUUGUUGCAGUCCCAUUAAAAAAAGUAUACAAAUCGAUUAAGGAUUGUUUGAUUGUUUGAUUUAAUUCCAAAGCGUCGCUACUGAUGGCGCUGUAUGUAAUUAAAGGGGACGCACACCUACUUAAGAACACCGCACGUUCCGGCUUUUUUUUUCACUCUUUAUCCCACCCAAGAAGGUGAAGUACAAAUAAUGGCGUGAAAAGUUGCAUAAAUAUUAGAAUAAUAAAUAAGGAAAACAUGCAAAAAGUCUCAGAGGUUAAAGAAGAGGGAAAAAAACUAUACAGACAAUUUAGCGACAAUUUAGGUUCCAACACGCAUCGCAGCUUCAAGGACAUUAGUGCAAUUAACUACAUAGAGAAUUGCAUCUAGGAGUCCCUUCCAUAUGGUGUCAAUUAGCAAAUAAUACUAUAGUGAGAAGCACAUAAAUGUGAAUUUUGUAAUUUCAUGUAAUACUACAACGUAUAAUGGUGGUCAUAAAAAGUUUGCCAUCAAAAAUAUCACAAAAUUUAUGUGAGAACAAAAAUAAUAUUUUUUGCAUGUCUCUCUACACGGCGAACAUUGUCUUUUAAGGAUACUAAGCAGUGUAUUCUCACUAAAUAAUAGAUUAGUAUUUUAUAUAAAUAAUUUCGCGUCGUUUCUCGCGACAUUUAUUCAUUUUUAAAAAUAUUUAAGCGCUUAUCUAACGAAAGAAGAGCAUUGAAUUUCAUUAUGCUACUUUAAGAAUUAUUCAUUCUCAAAAAAUUUUGCACCUUUCUAUAUGAUUGAUUUAAUUCAUUUUUACGUUGAUAAGAAAAUUGGUUUAGAAUGAAAAUUAACAUUUAAAACAAUGGAUUUAAAAAAAAAUCUUAAUUAGUUGGUGUUCCACUUCUUUUUCCUUAAAGAAUUUUCCUUAACCUUCAAAAGAGUUUUUCGUGUUCUGUUUACUAUCUAAUCCAUAUGCAAAAAUUCUUAAUAAACUUUAUAUGCAAAUCAUCACAAUCUACUUGUAGAAGAUAAACUCGUAAAGAAACAUUUUAUUUUUAUUCUCAAAAAUUAAAAGAACUUUAUUAUUGCAAAUAAAAAUCUUUGAUAUUACGAAUAAAAAAGAAAAAACAUUAAUUUUUUUAUGGCCGCAAUGGUACUUUGGAAUUGUUGGGAAAAAAGUGGAGGGAAAACAUGUGAAAAGUGUAUAGGUAGUGCAAUGGUGGGGAAUGUACAGAAAAGGUCAAUUAUUGGCCAUAUCUCUCUUUAAAACAUGUAUAUUGAAAAUUAUGCAAUAUUUCCAGUUUAAUUUUUUGCCUUUCCGAUCUUUCGUCUCCCACUUUCGAAAUACUAUUUCCUUCCAAUCACAUAUAGCCCCACAGACACACAUCGCGGUAAUUUUUACUCAUAUAUGCACUUUUGAAAUCGGAAAUUCGCGCGCGCCCGAGCUACCAGCAGUCCACAAAAGAUCCGAGAAGAAAACCAAAAAUGGUGGAGACUGAAAUUAAACUCAAAAGUCUUAAGUAAUUUUCUCACAAAGGAGGGCAUAGUGUUGCGGGGAAAAAAACUAUAGGUAUAUAAUGUAAGACACGAAAUGUUUGUUAUAUGUCCACAAAAAUGCCAGCAGCAGCCGCGACGCCACCAGCUUCAAAAUCUGACAUAAAAGAGUUCAUUAUAUCAGAGAAAAGAGAGAGAUACGGAGGAAGGAGAGUCUCUUAUGCAAUUUCCACAUAAAACUUAUGAUGCUGCAAGAAAGGUACGAUUGAUGGUAAGAUAAUUUUUUCGUUGUGCUUUAAAUGGCACAAUCCGUUCACACUCUCACUAUUUUAUAGUUUUUUUUGCGCUUUUUUGGCCCAUUGGUGCCAAAAUUCACUGAAAAACACUAAAUUUCCCAUACGAUGAUCGCAGAAUAACUCUUUUUGCGCGAUCUCAUGCGAUCUUCACCAGGUGUUAUCUCUCGAAAUGGGUGGAUUCAGCCAGACACAGACAGUGAACACAGGGAGGUUCGCGUAUAUAUGGGAUCUUCUUGUAUGAUUUAUAGCUUAACAGUUCUUAUGCCAACAAUUGAGCAUUUCACUUUUUUUACACUUGCACUUUUCAUGAUUUUUUUUUAUUUUUAUGUAAUCAUUGGGCGCACGAGAAAUCUCCCUUUUCCCCUAGAAUACUAUACAAUCUUAAUUAUAAUGAAAACUUGGUGCAUCAAUGAGGAUGAAAUGUGAAAGCACAAGGAUAUACAAAA